CUGGAAAUGAUUGCCAUGGAAAAUCCUGCAGAUCUGAAGAAACAGCUGUACGUAGAGUUUGAAGGCGAGCAAGGUGUGGAUGAAGGAGGUGUUUCCAAAGAGUUUUUUCAGCUUGUUGUGGAAGAAAUCUUCAAUCCUGACAUUGGAAUGUUCACGUAUGAUGAAUCUACAAAAUUGUUCUGGUUCAACACUUCCUCAUUUGAAACCGAGGGACAGUUUACUCUAAUUGGCAUAGUUCUUGGCCUGGCCAUUUACAACAACUGUAUACUGGAUGUGCAUUUUCCUAUGGUCGUUUACAGAAAACUGUUGGGCAAAAAGGGAACCUUCCGAGACCUAGAAGAUUCUCAUCCGGUCCUGCAUCAGAGUUUAAAACAACUUGUUGAGUAUGAUGGCAGCGUAGAGGAUGACAUGAUGAUUACUUUCCAGAUAUCUCAAACUGACUUGUUUGGAACUCCAAUGAUGUGUAACUUGAGGGAGAAUGGAGAUCAGAUUCCAGUGACAAAUGAAAACAGAAAGGAAUUUGUUGACCUUUAUACAGAUUAUAUUCUCAACAAAUCAGUAGAAAAGCAAUUUAGAGCCUUUAGAAGAGGUUUCCAUAUGGUAACCAAUGAGUCACCACUAAAGUAUUUAUUCCGACCGGAGGAGAUUGAGCUACUCGUCUGUGGAAGUCCGAACCUAGAUUUUCAAGCACUUGAAGAAACUACAGAGUAUGAUGGUGGAUAUGCCAAGGAUUCCCGUAUUGUAAGGGAAUUCUGGGAAAUUGUCCAUGCAUUUACAGAGGAGCAGAAACGACUCUUCCUGCAGUUUACAACAGGCACAGAUCGAGCACCAGUUGGUGGCCUUGGAAAACUCAAGAUGAUUAUCGCAAAGAACGGACCAGAUUCUGACAGGUUGCCAACAUCCCACACAUGUUUUAACGUCCUCCUGCUUCCUGAGUAUUGCAGCAAGGAAAAGCUCAAUGACAGACUACUAAAGGCCAUUACCUAUGCCAAAGGAUUUGGCAUGCUGUAAAAGAUAUGAAUGUAAAGCGUGUGAUAAAGAGUAAAAUUAUGGGUGUCGGUACCCCUGUUUUUUUUUUUAAAGGCCAUAUGAUAGUCAUCUAUAAUAGUCACCCAUAUCUGUGCCUCUCCUCCAGGGGACACUGGGCUGGAACAGCAGAUUUCAGCAACUUGUACGAACAAUUUUUUUUUUGAUUAGUGUGACUUUCAUAUCAUUUGCUUGUAUGUAUAGUAAACUUUUUCUGAAUAUUUAUUUUAAAGUUCAAGAAAAGAAUUACUCAAUCAUAUGUUCGUUACAUUACUGAAUUGAGCCUUUUUUGAAUUUAUGAAAGGAAAUCAAAUUCUCCCAAAUAACAUUCUAGGAUCAUCAAUGUAUUUUUAAAAUAUGUGCUAUUAUUUCCUUCUAGCCACUCGGUUCUGGAUGCACUCUUUUUAUUUCUUUCAAUCCCCAGCCCCCGCAUUGCUUUGGAAAUUAAUUUUUGAAGUGGUUUGGUGCAAGUGCUGCUGUUCUAGUCCCAGAGAGCAAAUUUUUACUUACCUGUAGAUCUAAUAAAAAUGGAAGGGGGAACCUGGAAUGUUAACUGCGUUCUUGAGAUCUUGCUUUAGUUACAGCACAACAAUGCUUGGAAGGUUUUAGAGAAAAAAAAUAAAAGAAAAACUUCACUGUU